AUGGAUGGGUCGGGGGUGACGACGACGACGACGACGACGAACGAUGCGGCGGUGGAACUGCGACGGAAGCUCGAACAUACGUCCGCGCGCGCUUUAGAGGCGCUGGAACGGAAGGAUGAGACGAUCGCGGCGUUGAGAAGGGAGCUCGCGAACGCGCGCGCCGAGAGAGAGGCGGGAAGACGCGAACAAAGCGGACUCGACGGAAGGAGACAUCGACGACGCGAUGACGCCAUGGUGGAUAGCGAUUGGUCGAACGAUGAAAAUGACCACCCGAACGAGGGGUUUGAGGGCACGCGGGCGCGAAGGAAAAUUGCGGGUGGACGCCGCGAGCGCGCGCGACUGGAGCGGGCGCUCGAGGACGAACGCGGAGUCGUAGCGCGUCUCAGGGGAGAGCUUCGAGAGGCGAACGCCAACGUAGAAAAGCUGCGCGAGGUACACAAUGAGGCGACGUAUUUCUUCGAAGCGGGCGAGAGCCACGCGGAGUCGCUGAAGGAGCGAUUACAGCGAACGUUGCUGUCGCGCGACAAGUUGGAAAUCGAUCGCGAAACCGCGGCGGAGGAGCGUGAGCGAGCUCUCGUCGCGCGCGUCGCCGCGCUCGACGCUGAGCGCGCGCAAGCGAACGAAGCCGCUGAAGCUUGGAAGUCAAAAGCGACGGUGCUUGAAACGGAGCUCGACGAAAUCAAGAGACGGGCGUAUCCAACUGACGACCAAGACGAAGGCUCGGCGGAUAGACUGCGCGUCAGACUCGCUGAGACUCGGCUCGCCCUUCGGGAGACGCUCGAAGCGCAGGAGAGCUCAUCUUUCGGUUUUCGUGCCGUGAAGACUGGCACCGAGCGAGCAGAACUCGCGGCGGUGUCGACGUCGACGAGGUCAGCGCGAGAGGACGCUAAACUCAAAAACGCGUUGGAAAAAAUUUCGUCACUCAAGGUAGUGAUCAAGGGACUCAGAGGUACAAACGCAACGCAAGCGAACGAACUUGGACGGCUCGAAACGCUACUGCGAGAGCAAAUCGCGACGAACAAACUCACGGCGGAAUCCGCAGAGGCUAUGUCUGAGGGCGCGGCGAGAGAGCGAGAGCACUACGCGAAAGCGUUGCGCCAGCGGGAGGAGGAGUUGUUCGCACUCAGGGAGACUGUGACGAUUUUGGAGAGCGAUCGAGAGGUCGCGAUCGAUGGUGUUUGGUUGCAACGUGAACUGAGCAAGGCGCGCGACAAGAUUGUGGCUCUUGAAACAGAAAACGCAACGCUCUUGAACGACCGAGAGCUCCUCGCCGGAGAAGUUCGACAACUUCGUCACGAAGUCAAGGGCGAAUCCGAGCGAGCGAACACGUAUGAGGCGAUCUCAAUCGCCGCGCAUCAGCGAGAGCAGGUCUUGUCUGCUCAGCUUGAGUGGAAAACGGAGGAGUGUUACACGUACAUGGAGACGGAGCUCGAGCUCCUCGACUACCUGGACGACGCGGAGCGGGAAGCGCUUGACGCAGAAAUCGGUAGAAAAUCGUGCGAGCAGGCUUUACAGCUACAAAUGAAGCGUAUGGGUGACUUUAGCGCUGCGCAAAUUCUAGAGUUGAAGCAGCACAUCGAGCAGAGCGUCGCGGAGGCGAGCGAUGCGCACGCAGUCACAAAGUUUUGCCGAGACAUCCAGAAUGUUCUGAGAACCAAGCCCGUUGGGAGCGAAGAGACGAACCACAAACUUGAGGCGGUGCUCAUGGAUACCCAGCGCACGAUAUGUCGGUUGGAGUCGUCAGCUAUGAAGCACGAAGCGGCAUUCUUCGCCGCGAUGAGACACAUCGCCAAGCUAGAGCACCAGAGUGCGGCCACGAAAACCGCGUUUGAUCACGUGUGCGCGAUUCUCGAGCUGUCGCAAAAGUCGUACGCAUCUUUCGGCUCGAACGCCUUGAGCUCGAUGGAGAAGCGUCUGACGGCGGCGACGAGUCGAAGCGCAAAAUUGGCUCGAACUAUCGCUCGUGAAGCGCAUGAAAACGAGUCGGAGCUGCACGAGUUGGAAGAAGAGCUGCUAGAGCGAGAGGAACAGGUUCAAUUGAUGAAAGCUCGCAUCGAAGAACUCGAGAUCACAGGGAAUGAACUUCUCGCCGCUCGAGAUUCUGCCGCGAACGCCAUGCAGACUAUAUCAGUGGCACGCGAUAACGCGAAGAAAGAACUGUUCCAGGAACAAGACCGCCUUCGCGAGGCGCUUCGUACCGUCGCGGAUCUUGACGCUGAAAUCGCUCUGAUGAAAGAUGAUAUUCGAGCGCCAGCGCUCGAACAACAAAAUGAAGAACUGAGCGCGUUAGUGGAAGAACAAGCGCAGGCCAUCAGUGCCGCGUCCGAGGAGCUGGAGAGACGCGUCGCCGACGAAAUUGAGUCUCGCCAGAAACUUGAAGAGGUCACGCGCGACCUCGAGGAAACGCGUGAUCGUCUGAGCAAAGCAACCGCUCAGGCUGAGAGUGGAUUGGAGGAAGUACGCGUCGCUCGCGAACGUCUCGCUGAGUUUGAAAAGCAAAAUAAUGCUUCUGGAGUCGACAUGUCGUCAACGUCGACAGAUUUAGCGAUCACAAGUCCACAAGCUGUCGAGACGCGCACCGACACAGAAACGCUUGUCGCUGUCGCGCUCGAAGACAACAGAGCGGCAGCGAUUGUCGCUGCGGCAGCUAGAAGCGACGUAAACGCGAGCAGAGUAGAGGUCGAGCGCCUAUAUGAAGAGCUUAGGCGGCGUGAUGAAGAAGUGGCGCCGAGCAUUGAAAGCGCUAUGAAAGCGCUGGAAAGCAUCAGCGCGCGAUUGGAGGAUGUAUUUGCAGAACGUGAUGGCAAGUACGAAGUGGCGAGUAGAGCGCUCGAGCACGAUGCAACGGCUCUUCAGGCCUUUGCUGAGGUCAUGAGUGCGAGGCUUCUUAACCUGGAGGCGGAAUUGGCCGAGCAGAAACGCAAAGAAGAGGAGUGGCUGGCGAGCAACAAGCCAAGCGAUGAAGAGCGCCGGGCGCACAUCGAGAGAUGCAAGAGAUAUAGGGAGCUCAUGCAGCGUCUUCGCGAGCAACACGAAGGCGAGCGAGCUAAGUUAUUAGAGUAUGUCAAUGACUCGGAGACGAAAAUCGCCGAGUUGACGAAACGUGUCCAAAACAGCUGGGCAGGAGAAACUGAGGCUGAACUCGCCGCUCUCAAGGAGGAGCUGGCGAACUCGCACGAGCACAUCGCGCGUCUGCAGGCACGAAUUACACAGCAGGAUCUCGUUAAGGAAACGCAUGAGGGUGGUUAUGCGUUGUUAGAGGAAUUCGAGUCCUCGAAUGCCGAGCUCAGGGACACAAAGGCCAAACUGGCGGCGAGCGAGGACGAGGCAGAACGACUGAAGGAGGGACUAGAAAAGUGCGCAUCACAAUUGAACACAGUGAGAGAGGAGACGAAGAAAGCCGUUGAACAGCAGCUUACACUUCGAUUCAGGCGCGAGUUGGCGAGACGAGAGGAUGAGGUCGAGCAGCUUCACAAUAAGUGCUCAGAGUACGUGCCUCCAUGCGUUUCUCUCGUUGAGGCUGUGCGCAUGUUGGUUGUGCGCUUACUUCGCAUUUCAGCCGCCGUUGUGCACCUCUCGAGAAGCACGGAGGGCGUCCAGUCAAUCGCGGAGACGAUGUUGCAAGAAGAAGACGCGAACGAAGUAGCUUCGCUCGUCGGACUUUCUCUCCAAGACAUCACAUCUGUCUUCGCAGUGCGAAACAUUCGCGCAGACGCGUCGACGGAUGAAACUAGGGCAGCCUUGAACAUGUUGGAUUCCCCCGCAAAUGUCUCAGCCGCCGUGGCUUGGUGUGAGGCUCGCACAGCGCAAUUGAAUGAUGCACUCACAUCCAAAUCUUCGAUUGCUGAAGUUUGGCGCGAAGACGCGCUCGAGGCGGUGACUUCUCUGGCUCAUGAAAAGGCGCGCGAAGCAGAGUCGUACCUUCGCUCGACAACUCCAGAGCUCGAGCGAUGGUGGAGUGAAUUGGAGUGA